UCAAUCUUUACCCAGAAAAGAAACCCAUACCCAAACGCCUCUCCUUACCCGAGUUUCAAUCCUCUUAUUUUCUUUGCUAUUCCUUGUCUUCAAGGUUUGGUCGUGACCUAAUGAACAAGAGGGAGGAAGCCCACUGAAGGAGUUGCAGAGAUUGUUUUGCCGACGCCGGUGAUCGAAGGCGACCCUAACUGCCGAUCAAUCCUCCUCUUCCGAUCUCUUCUCUCCCAAACUUCUGAGACCCUCUUUCGAUCUCUUCUCUCCCAAACACCCCGAGAGCUUCUCUUUCUACAUAGGCGUGGUUUUGCCGACGCCGGUGAUCGAAGGCGACCCUACCAAAAUCCCCAACGUAUCUGCUUCUCUUCCAUUCUCUUCUCUCCCAAACUGCCGAGACCGAGAGCUUCUACCCAUCUACGGAGGCGUGGUUUUUGUUUCCUCCGAUCCCGGAAAAAGAACAAAUUCAUCCAAACUUCCCAAUUAAAUCUUCAUUUUUUUUUCUUGCGAUCUAGGGUUCCUUCCAUUCAUUCUCUACUCUCUGGAGUCCCAUUUCCAAUACAUCAUCAUCGUCAUCAUCUACUUUAUACUAGAGCUCCUGCUAAUUCUAUAGAUCCAAAACUCGUCGAUUUUCAAUUCUCUCUCUCUCUUUCUCUCGACCAAGUUCCUGAAAGAUUAUCUCUCUCCGUAAUAAUAUUAGCCAUCUCAAAGAUUUCUAUAAAUUCUGUUUCAUAUAUUUGUGAAUGUGUGAAUGCUUGAAAAUCUUAUUCUGAAACUCUGUUCGGAGCUUCUGAUUAUUGAGAUUUACAGAAGGUCUUCAAGCAAUUUAGGGUUUGAUUUGGGUUUCCUGCUUUUUUGGACGCAAGAAGAGGAGAAAAGUUGGGGCAUUUGAGAGAUCUCCAGUGUCGUAUCUUGUUUUGAUUCGUUUUUGACGGGGAAGGUAACUGUUGGAGAAAAGUUGCAGUCUAGGUCUGAUUUGUCGGAGAAAAGAGAGGAGAAAUCUCAGAUGGGUAAGGAGAAAAGCAUUAGCACUUAGCAGUGAAGAUGGAUAGUUUUUAUUAAGAUAAAGAUGACAGCCGUUGGAAGGUUUAUGUACACGUGUCAAUAGACAUGGGCGAUUGAGGCCGAAUAGGGGUGGGACGUGGGACUGGUGAGGAGGAGGAGUUGCAGACGGUGUGGAUAGGAGAGGCGGGUUUUCUUGAUCAUGUUUCUUUCUCACCUGGAGGCUUUUGGAGGGUUUUCGGUCAGAUUAUGAGGAGGACAGGUGUUGUUCCAUCAGAGAUCGUUGGAAGUCGUUGGAGACGAACCGAACCGAACCGAACCGAACCCUUCCCGAACGGCUCCAUAGAGAAAAAGGGCAAAAAAGAAGUGGGUAUCAUCCCCGGUCCACUCGGAUUGGAAAACCGAUCCGAUUUUUCGAGUUUUAAAAGCAGUAACCCAACUGUAACAUCAAACCCCAACCGCCACUGAUCGUUUCUCUCCGUCUUCCGUCUUUCUGGAUUUCUGUGGAAAUCAAACCUCUGAAGAUAUCAUUUUCCGAAAGAAGAGAAAAUGUCGAAUAGGAAACUUUGGCUGUCAGCCUUGGGAGCUUUGCGCAGAAACUUUCGUUCAACAUCUCGUUUCUCUAUUGGUUUUCAUCCCAAGUUCGAAUCUUCUGGAUUUUUCUCGUGUUCUUAUGAGGUCGGAAAGCCUCCGGAUUAUGCAAGCUGCAGAGAUCGCUUCGCAGAGAUACGUAGUUUCUCUAGUAAGAAUUUUGCCUCGGAAUCAGCAGAUGGAGGCGUUAGUGGAUGCUGGAAUUGCAGCGCCGUUCCCACGUCGAAACCAUUUCUUUCUUGCGAGUCAUGUAAAAGUGUUCAACCAGUUGAUUCAUCUGUUGAUUACUUCCAGAUAUUUGGCUUGGAUAAAAAGUAUGAAAUCGAGGAUUGUAGUCUCGAGAAAAAGUACAAAGAUUGGCAAAAGAAACUACACCCUGAUUUAGUUCAUUCGAAAUCUGAGAAGGAAAAAGAGUAUGCUGCUGAACAGUCGGCUCGAGUAAUUGAUGCCUACCGAACACUGAGUAAGCCAUUAUUGAGGGCAAUAUACAUGUUGCGAAUAGAGGGCGUCCAUGUGGAUGAAGAAACAACAAUUUCAGAUCCAGAAUUUUUAGCAGAGAUUAUGGAGAUCAGGGAAGCUGUUGAAGAGGCUGAUGGCCCUCAGUCAUUAAAUAAAAUCCAGUGUCAG